AUGUUCUCCGAUAAACAACCACAUAUAACUCCCAACAGCUUCUUCCACGCGUUCACCACCGCUCCGUCCGAACCGUCGGAGCCACCUGUAACCAUUUACUUUAUCACAGGGAAUCCGGGAUUGAUCGGCUACUACCACACCUUUCUCUCCGUUCUUUCAGAGAAAAUCAAAGCAUUAACUAAACACGAGGACCAGAGCCGAGCAUUCCAGAUCUACGGACACAGUCUCGCCGGAUUCGAGCUCCCCGAACCAGGACAGAAGGAACAAGAGCCUCAGUCCGCAACACACUACUAUGACCUGGAAGAGCAGAUUCAAUUCGUCCAAAGAAAGCUGUACAACUUCACCGCCGAUAAACCAGAUGACAUCGAUAAGCUAUCGUCUCAAUCCAACACCGCGCCCUCCACCACCACACGCCCUUGUGUCAUUCUCAUCGGCCAUUCCGUAGGCGCCUACAUCGCGAUGGAAGUCCUGCGACGGCACCGCGAAGGCUCGCAAGGCGAUCGUCCCGUCGACUUCGAUAUCAUCGGAGGUACCUUGCUCUUCCCUACAGUCGUGGACAUCGCAAAGUCUCCGUCGGGGCAGAAGUUGACCGUACGUCCCCCCCCCUUCUCAGUCCCUUUGUGUCUGAUAGCUAACGAGACCCCUACACCGGGAGAGAAGAGGCUGCUCUCGAUCAUCCCCCAACUCGCGCUGGUCGCUGGUAUGCUAGUCCGUAUUCUCACUGCUUUGGUACCCGCUUCGAUCCUGUGGUCCCUGAUCAGAAUCUACAUGCCAUCGGCACCGGAUACCAUGGUCGACACCACGGCCGGGUUCCUGAAGAGCAAGCGAGGCGUGCAGCAAGCAUUGUACGUUCCAACUUCACAUAGAUAA